AUGGAGGGUUCAACGCUGACACAGAGGAGGGCUGAGUGUCAGUUGAAGGAAAGGGAGAUCCAGACAGACUACAUGAUGGAGCUGGGAGCCAGGUUGGCUCUGGUGAGACAGAUCCAGAGGGAGCAGGAGAAGGAGAUGAAGAGGAUUUGUAUGUAUGUACUGAAUGUGAUCACUUUCAUCAUGUCUGUUUCUUUUCUCCUGCAGGAUGUGAGAGAUGUGACCAACCGUCCACUCACUGAGUUCAUGGCUCCCUGUAUUGACUCCCUCCCACCACUGGCUUUCACCAAUCGGAGGCCUAUACCAACCAUGUUGCAUCCCCCCUCUCCAUUGGCCAUACGCGCUCAGGAUGCACAGCGGUUCAUUGUAUUUUCCUACUUUGUCCCUGCUGAGUGCCCAGUUUCCACAGAGGCCACUGCAGAUGUAUCUGCUGGUAAAAUAGAGGACUUGUCGACAGAUACACAUCUUUCCUCAAUGCUGCAUCGAUACCUGCCACACUUCUUUAACGAUGACUCCAUUCCACCACAGCAGACAGUAGAGGGAACCACUGAGGUCUCAGUUGCUCCAGUGGCAAUAUCUAAUAUCAAGGAAGAGGACAGAUUAUAUCCUUUCUCCCUCCCACCACUGGCUCAGCGGCUCAUUGGCAAUUCAUUCAAUGUCCCGGAAACCCCCCAGCUUGCAGUUUCAGCCACUGAGUACCAAGUUGCCAAAGAGGCCACUGCAGGUACAGCCACUGUCAAGAGAGAGAACCGAUGGGCAGCUAGAAUUCUUCCUUCAGUGCUGCCUCCAUGCCUGCCACCUGUCUUUGACAAUGACUACAAACUGCCAGGGGCGGCAGUAGAGGGAACCAACAAGUGUCCAGUUGCCAGUGAAGCAGCCGCUUCCGUAUCUACUGUCCUCCAAGAGGAGUUUUUGACUGAUAAAAGUCCUCCUGCACCCACAGCACUGUCUCUAAGGCUGCCCUGGAUCCACAACAUUGACCACAAACAGCCAGAGGAGACUGUUGAGAACACCACAGAGUGCUCAGUUGACAUAGAGGCAUGUGCAGUUGCAUCCACUGUCAAGAGAGAGGAACUGAUGGGUGAUAAAAGCCCUGUCCAUGCACUUCCUCCAAGCCUGGCAUGCAUCCAUGACAAGGACCACAAGCAGCCAGAUCAGAAAGGAAGGGGCACUACUGUGGAGGUGGAUAUCUGCCCUCACGCUCAACAGCUGGUCUCAGAUGCUAACUUAACUCUGGCAACCCGCAAUGAUGAGCUGCCCACCCCUCUGAUCUGCGUGGUCACUAAGAUGCCUGUUAGAGUUGGAGCUUCCAUAUGCAGGUCAGAGGGUAAGGAACCCAGGCCCUGGACCCUGGAAGAGGCAAAGGAUUAUUGGAUAGGCAUUGAAAAUGAGAGUGAAGAGAGGAGCGUCACUGAGGAGGUGAGCCCGAGGGAGGGAUUGAAGAGUGUGGCGGAUUGUGCCCAUUCCAAGUGCUCCAAUGGGAUGGUUUCAUCAGAGAGAGCAGAGACCUACCUGGGAAGAGUGGGCUUUCUGCUCAUGAACCAAAUGCAGAAAAUCCCAUUUUUGAAGAUGGAGGAAAAAGAGAAAAAUAAGAAACUGAAUAAGAAGUUGAAAGAUAAAGAGAGAAAGGAGAUGAAACACAAGGAGGAGGAGCAAAAAAAGAGGGAGAAGAAAGAGAUGAAGGAGAGAGAGAAAGAGCAGAAGAAAGUCAUGAAGGCUGAGAAGAAGAGGGAGAAGUUAGAACAGAAAAAGAGAGAGAAGGAAAGAAAAGAGAAGGAAAAGGCAGAGAAAAAGAGGUUAGAGGGGCUGAUGAAGAUACAUAAUGACAUGAUGAAAGACAGAAUUAAGAAAGAGAAGAAGUGUUAUGAGGAGCUAAAAAAGAGAGAGAAAGCUCAAGCUGCAUUCUUGGAGAUGGAGAGAAAGAUUCAAGAAAAGGAGGAGAAGAAGAGAGAAAAGAUGAGGAGAGAGGAGAGGAAGAGACUGAGAAGAAGAAGAGGGAGCCAGUUGGAGGUGGAACUGAGACGGUGA